AUGACCCCAAGGUUGUGGGCAAAUGUGUGUCCUGCUGAGUUGCACUUCGUUUACGGUACUAGGGUACCAGGUGAGAGGGGUAGUCUCGAUGGCGAAGUGAAUUGGGAAGUUCUUAAGCUGAAAUACUUGGAUACUGACUUGGUUCAGUUUGUGCAAGAUAACAUACCGGUUCUAGAGGGUGCUAGAGAUCAAGCUAGAGUGACGUUAUCCGAGUAUUUGGAGUUGUGGCGUAUGAAGCAAUCUAAGUAUCUUGAGAGGUUAAAUCAAGAUAAGGAUCGAAG